AUGGACAGCACUAAGCUCUCUGUAUUACUCUUGAAUGCUUUCCUCUUAAGCCUGUCUUGUGCUGAGGAUGAGAUAGCACCUCUAUCCUGCCCAGAGUACCAAGAGAGCUUUGACGGCUCCUGUUAUGAGUUUGUGGGUCCACCUCGUUUGCGUUCCUUCCUCAGUGCACAGGGUUGGUGUGAGCGAGGUGGUGGACACCUGGCCUUCAUUUUAAACGACGAAACCCAGCAGUUCCUACAGAAGCACCUGCAGACGGAGCAGGACUGGUGGCUGGGUCUGGCACCUGCCUCCCCAAACCUAACACUGGACUCUGCUGCUGCUGAGGGUCCUCUCUCCUGGCUUGAUGGCUCUGACGUCAGCUACUCUAACUGGGUGAACGACCCUGAUCCAGGGGCUGGCUGUGGUCACAUACUGAGGAGCUCAGGGUUUCAGUGGGAGGCAACAAGCAACUGUAGCCAGGAGCUGCACUUCAUCUGCCAAUUUGAAUCUGGGCGCUCCAUUGCUUGUGCUGCCCACAACGCAACACUACAGUGUGGUUCUGGUCAGGUGAUAGAGAUUGAUGACAGCUUCUAUGGUCGUAAGACGGUUCACUACUGCCGGACAAGUCCCACUUCUUCAGCCACCUCCACACAGGAGGAGUGUAGCUGGAUAGAUGUUGUAGAUUCAGUGACAGGAGACUGCCAUGGGCUGCAGGCGUGCCAAGCCACGGCAGAUGUGGCCUCUUUUGGUGAACCAUGCCCAGGGCUUGGAAGCUACCUGUCUGUGGAAUACAACUGCAAAGAUGGUCUCCACUUAUUAAUGAGCAAGUUGGCUGCCGUCUUUGACAAUGUCUCCAUAACAGUGAAGUGGCUUCUCCAUCCCUUCCAGGGCAACCUGACCUGCACUCUAAGUGCUGGAGAUGGGCACAACAUCGAUCCUUAUAGUCCAGAAGAGUUGGAGAGCAGUGUGGUUCAUAAAUACACCCGUCCGGGUGUCUUCCUAGUUGGGGUGGAGUGUACCACCAGUGAGUGGCAUGUGACAGCUCAGAAAGCCAUCACCAUUCAGGAGCCCAUCGGGGAGUUUGGUGUCAUUAAGUGCUAUAGCAUGAACCAAUCAACAGAUGGAGCAAACUGCAAGGCCCUGUAUGGCAGUCCCAUUCAAAUCCAGGUUGAAGUAGAAGCUGGUACGAAUGUGACCUACAAAGUCCACCGUGGUGAGAUGUUGGUGGCCAAUUCAUCAGCAGUCAGAGGAAUCGUCCCCCACAACAUCACAGUGGGACCAGAGGUGGAGCAACAACUGGGCUCUGGCUGCCACCAGCUGACCCUGCAUGCCUCUAACGGGGUCUCGGUCUUGGGCGUGUCCACUGAGCUGCAGGUGUGUCUGCUGGAGCCAGUGGAGGGCCUGCUGGGAUCAGUGAUGGCUGAGGAGGGCGAGUGUCCAGACUCAGACCUCUACGUUACUGUCUCCCUGGACCGGGGGUCCCCGGUGCAGCUUCUCUUCCAGGUGUCUGGAGCCAACGACAGCAUCUCCGAGACCAGAGGCAUGCAAAACAGAAGCAUGCAGGUUUACAAUAUCUCAACCACUAUCCUUACAGGAGCUUUGCAAGUGAAAGUCAGGGCCUGGAAUGUCUUCUCACACAUGGAUGUGGAUGUGGGGAACACAGCAGCAGUUUGUCACAAUAAAUCAGACUUUCAGACAGAGGAGCAUAAAAGGCUUCCCCGGGCUAAUGUGGAAAUCACUUCUGAUCCAGAAAGUCCAUCUGACUUCACUCAAAGUGUCACACUUGGGUUAACUGGCUUGAGUGGAGUACUCGGAAUCAGUGAACCUGGAAUACUACUUGAAUGGGAAUGCAGUAAGACGACAUCUGGCGUUGUCAAGUACACCAUUCAGAUACCAGGUGUUGCAACACUUGCACCUGUUGCCACUAACAUACCGCCUGCUACCUUACCAGCUGCUACCACCGUCCUACCGGCUGUUACUACUCGUCCAGCUGCUACUACAAUACCUGUUGCUACCACCAUAGCGGCAACUACUACUGUAUCUGUAACUGUACCUGAAAGAACAGCCCCAACUCCCAUCACCAGCCUCCAUUCCUGUGUAAUUUCCCCUCAGUCAGGCACAGUUCUAGAUGCUUUCAAUAUCACCUGUGCAACAACCUCCUGCUCCACAGGCAAAUGCCAAUAUUGUUUCAAAACUGACAACGAUAAACAUUUGCGCUGCAGUUAUGGAAAUGAAGUAAAGUCAAUCUUCCUACCUCUCGGGAACAAAAGUUACAACUACAGUCUGUCUGUGGUGGUUAUUCUAACAAAUGGGGAUAGAAAAACCAAUGCCACGAUCACCACUGAGGUGUGGCCAGCCAACUCCAGUUCCUCAGUGGAGAAUCUGCAGUCUGUGGUUGAGAACACUGUCGCUCAGCUACAGCAGCAGGGGUUGCUCACUGGGGAGACUCUAGGACAGAUGUUCAAGUCUGUGUCUGACAUUCUGAACAAGGGCUCCAGUGAGGAUCAGAAAGGUGCCAGGGAGGAGCUGCGAGAACAGAUGCUGAGCACCAUGACUGCAGUGCUGAAGAAUGUCCCCAACAACACUCCUCAGGAAGUGCAGCUGACGGCCAGAGCAGUGGCAGGGAUCACCAAGAGGAGGGAAGAGGUCAAUUCCGCUGCUCAGCUAGAAGCUAGCUCCCUGGUGGCAGAGCUCAGCUCUUCCCUCCUCUAUAUGAAUGUCAGUGAGCAUGGUGGACAAGAGAUGGUGCAGGCAGCUACACCAAUUGUAGAGGCAGCCAGCAAUAUCCUGGGAGUCUCUUCAAAUGCAAGCACACAGAGAAAGGUCUCAAAGACUCUCCUGAACAGUAUGGACAAUGUGCAGAGUGCACUGUUAAAUGGUAAAAAGGUUGGCCAGGAGCCUGCCAUUAUCAAGAGCCCUGAGAUCAGUGUGUAUGCUAACAGGAUGUCUCCAAAUAGCAUUCAGAUGCAGUCUAUAAACAUCCCAGAUAGCUCAUCUGCAAGCUUUUCCUUCCCUCCCCUGGGUGCUGAUGUCCUUUCUCCAGAGGAACCAGUGGAUGUGCGAAUGCUGAGUUUUGAGAAGAACCCUUAUUCUUGGAGUGAGGGGGGUAACAUCAGUGGUGCCAUGGGGUCUGUGACACUCACCAGACAGGAUGGAUCAGCCAUCCCUGUGGAGAACCUGUCUGAGGAAAUUGAGAUCCUCUUGCCGAGACUUGAAGGCGGGCAGGUAAACAGCACAAUCCUUGAACUGGGAAACUACAGCACACUGAUGAUUGACGUCCCUUCACCAGACAUAACACUGGUGCUAAAGAUGGAGCCCUCAGAGGACAUACCAUUUGUACUGUUGCUGGGGUAUAAAGACUACCCAAAGGACAAGCAAUAUGUAGCCAAGACGCAGAUGCCUCAUCAAGGCCAUUCACAAGAGAGAUACACCUGGGUCCUGGGUCCCAAUGAUUUGACAGGAAAAGUUGGGGUGCAUUACCUUGUGGUGAGGCCCAUUGUAGAAGCAGGGGUUAAAUCUGUCAAUGCCACUGUGACUGUCACCUCCAUUGCUGCCCAGUGCAAGUAUUGGAAUGAAACCUUAUCCACCUGGAGUGAAGAUGGCUGCAGGGUUGGUCCUUUAACCACGUCAUUGGUCACUCAGUGCUUAUGUAACCAUUUGACCUUCUUCGGGAGCUCUUUCUUCAUCAUGCCCAACCUUGUGGAUGUGUCCCGUACCGCUGAGCUCUUUGCCACCUUCUCAGACAACCCUGUGGUGGUGUGCUUUGUUGGUGCCAUCUUCAUUGCUUAUCUCUUGGUGGUCGUGUGGGCACGCAGGAAGGACAUCAAGGACAUAGCCAAGGUGAAGGUAACAUUGUUGGAAGAUAAUGACCCCUUGGCUGAAUACCGUUACAUGCUGAAUAUCAGCACUGGGCAUCGGCGUGGUGCUUCCACCUCCUCUCAGGUUACUGUGACUCUGCUGGGCACGGAGGGAGAGAGUGAGCCACACCACCUCGCUGACCCUGACAAGCCUGUGUUUGAGAGGGGUGCAGUGGAUACGUUCCUGUUGACCACACCCUUCUCUCUGGGGGAGCUGCAGAGCAUCAGGCUGUGGCACGACAACUCAGGGGGGCACCCUGCCUGGUAUAUAAACAAAGUGACGGUGCAGGAUCUAGAAACUGGACAGAAGUGGCACUUCCUGUGUAACUCAUGGCUGGCCAUAGAUAUGGGCGAGUGCAUCCUUGAUAAAGUCUUCCCUGUUGCCUCUGACAUAGAUUUGAAGAAAUUCAGUAAUCUGUUCUUCAUGAAAACGGCAAAGGAUUUCCGUGAUGGCCACAUCUGGUUUUCUGUGAUCAGCCGGCCUCCAACGAGCACCUUCACAUGUGUCCAGCGAGUCUCCUGCUGUUUCUCUCUGCUGCUGUGUACCAUGCUGACCAGCAUCAUGUUCUGGGGCAUCCCUACCGACCCCUCUGAGCAGACCAUGGACCUGGGUCAUAUCGAGUUCACCUGGCAGCAGGUGAUGAUCGGCGUUCAGAGUUCAAUCAUAAUGUUUCCAAUUAAUCUCCUCAUUGUGAGUAUCUUCAGAAACACCCGCCCCCGAGAGACGAAGCCUGGAAAGCCCAAGGCAGAGCAGCAGGGGAAGACUGGCAGAGUGACUCCUUCACAGCCUCCGUCCCCACAGAGGGAGAGAGAACUCACACCAGACACUGUCAUAAAGGACAUAAAGAAGAUUGCUCAGUCACUCUCCAAGGCUAUGAAGAGCCCCAUUCCACACCUGGAGUUAGAGAUGAAGCCUGGACAACAAACUGAUAUCAACUCUCUGCUCUCUCUGGUGGAGGACAUCAUCCGGCAGCAGAACCGAGCCAGUGGAGAGUUCUACACUGAUGCCUCCAAGAAAGAGGGACCGCUCAUUCUCUCACUAGGGGUAGCCAAUCUGCAAGAGACCAGCCUGUGUGGGAGCCCUGAGAAGACUGGGGAUGGGAGACAGAAAAGGAGCAACAACAGCCAAUAUCUGUACAGGCAGCUACGCCAUGUAGAGAAGGAGCUGAGCCUACUGGGACCUUCUCGCUUCCCCAACCCAGACAGCUACUGCCGGGCAGUGCAGCAGGUCCAAGGCAUGAGGGGGCUGCUAGAGUCCCACCUCUCCUCUUCCAGCCUGGGAGGGGACCAGCUGUCUCAAAGCCCUAGCCCAGCAGAGAGCAGUGAGGGAGACAGCAGUAGUAAGAAGCAGGGCGGGCUGCCCUGGUGGUUUGUGUUUAUUGGCUGGAUUCUGGUGUUAGCCACCAGCGGAGUAUCAGGAUACUUCACCAUGAUGUAUGGGUUGACCUAUGGGAAGGACCGCUCUAUAAGCUGGCUCAUCUCCAUGGUCGUGUCUUUCUUUGAGAGCCUCUUUAUCACUCAGCCGCUGAAGGUGCUUGGUUUUGCAGCCUUCUUUGCUCUCGUUCUAAAGAAAGUUGAUCAGGAGGAGUAUGGGGAUGCAAAGUUUGAGGGGGAGCUACGAAACCCAGAUGACCCUGAUGUGGUGCGGGCUGUCAGGAGGGAUAGCACAUGCAGCUUCUACCAGCCCCCUCCUCCAACAGACAUCGAGAGGAUGAGGAGCAACAUGAUCAAGGAGCAGAAGGUCUUUGCCCUCAUCAAAGAGAUUCUCACCUACAUGGGGUUCAUGUGGAUGUUGCUCCUGGUGGCAUAUGGCCAGCGGGACCCUAAUGCUUACUUCCUGACUCAGCACAUUCGGCAGAGUUUCAGCCAAGGGAUCUCAGACAGCAUGAGUCACAAAGAUGUGUUCACCUGGGCAAAUACCUCUCUUCUCAGCAACCUCUUCGGAGAGUACCCAGGUUUCAUCACUGAUGGGAACUCCAAACUGGUUGGUAAUGCCCGACUUCGCCAGGUGAGGGUGCAGAAGAACUCCUGCCGCAUCGCCUGCUCCAUGCGCCAGGCUGUACCUGACUGCCAUGCUCCAUACUCAUGGGAGGUGGAGGACAUGGGCUCCUAUGGGCCAGGCUGGAACCGCUCUGCGAGCGAAAACACCUCAAAGACCCUCCACAGUCCCUGGCAGUACCAAACCCAGGCCAAACUCAGAGCCCAACCCACCUGGGGCAGUGUGGUCCUCUACAGGGGAGGGGGGUUUGUGGUGGACCUGGGCCCAGAGUCACAGAAUGCUAGCAGUACCCUUCAAUAUCUGUUUGACAACACCUGGCUUGAUAUGUUCACCCGAGCAGUUUUUGUAGAGUUCACUGUGUACAAUGCCAAUGUCAACCUCUUCUGCACUGUCACACUCAUGCUGGAGACCACAGCUGUAGGAGCGUUCCAGUUUCGCAGUGAGCUGCAGAGUGUCCGACUAUACCAGUCCACCGGUGGACUCCAUAUCUUUGUCAUGGCAUCUGAGGUCAUCUAUUUCCUCUUUAUCCUCUACUAUAUGUAUGUUCAGGGAAAGCUGAUGAAGCUGCAGAAGUGGGCUUACUUCAAGACAAAGUGGAACCUGCUGGAGCUCGCCAUCAUCCUCCUGAGCUGGAGCGCGCUGUCUGUCUUCAUUAAGAGGACCCUGUUAGGGAACCGGGACAUGGAGUACUACCACAACCAUAAAGACCAGUUUGCCAGUUUCCAUGAGACAGCCACAGCAGAUGCAGUGCUGGGGUAUCUGAUCGCAUUCCUGGUGCUACUGGCUACAGUCAAACUGUGGCAUCUGCUGAGGCUCAACCCCAAGCUACACAUGAUCACAGCCACACUGCAACGGGCCUGGACUGACAUAUCAGGCUUCCUCGUGGUCAUCACCAUUAUGUUCCUGGCCUAUUCUAUCGCUUCUUAUCUAAUGUAUGGCUGGAAGCUGUACUCAUAUAGGACUCUCCUAGAUGCUGCUCUGACCAUGGUCAGCUUACAACUGGGCAUCUUCAACUAUGACGAGGUUCUUGAUUACAACCCGGUGCUUGGUGCGUUCCUCAUCGGCUCCUGCAUUAUAUUCAUGACCUUUGUGGUUUUAAACCUGUUCAUCUCAGUCAUCCUGGUGGCGUUCACUCAAGAGCAAAUACAUCACAAGCCCUCAGAGGAGGAGGAGAUAGUGGAUCUGAUGCUGAUGAAGCUCUGCAGCUUGUUUGGAAUCAAAAUGAAGAAGGAGGAGAAAGAAGACAGUGACAGCCCCAAGGAGAAUGGCAUGACUGCCUCAGCAACUAACAAAGGAUUCUCCACUAUAUCCUCAUAGAUGUUACUUCUAAGUACUGGUGUAUCACUCUGUAUGUAUUCAUAGUGAGCUGUCAUUUUCAUUUCUGUUGCUUUCUAGGAGCGGUGAUGCUUUUGUUGACUGGUUGCCUCUAGCUGUUUAAUUAUCUAACAUAUCACGCAUAAAUUAGGCUAUUUGUGCCGUUUUGUGAUCUAAUGCGAAGCUUUAAAAAUAAGUUAGAGGAAAUAACAGCUCCUUCUGUUACCUCACACUCUGUCAGAAAUACACAUAUGUAUGGUUACU